AUGACAACUCGCAACCUGCUUUCCGGCCCCAUUACGCUUUCUGAAGCACAAGGCCGGGACAAAAACAUUCUCCACGCGCUGCAGUAUCCCAAACAGAAAGAGGCCUUUUAUGAGCGCAUCGAGGGAUUACGUCCCCUCCUAGCUGAUGCUGUGGCCCAUCAUCUUUGCGUCAAAUCGGCACAAGUCACCAUUUCUCCUCAAGAACACUGGCUCAAUGGAUCGUUCAACCUUUGUGUUCCAGUGUUGGUUGAAGCUGAUGAGACUACAAAGACGACCGUUCCCAAGUUUGUGAUUAUUCGCUUUCCAUUACCAUAUCGUGUCGGCGAAGCAACGAAUCCUGGAAAUUCAGACGAAAAGAUCAAUACCGAGGCCGCGACGUACGCAUGGCUCCAGCGGAAUUGCCCUGAGGUCCCUAUACCACAGCUCUAUGGCUUUGGCCUGUCUACAAAUAAAAGAGCAAGUUGGACGAAUCUUGAAUUUCUUCCCUGCUGGUCUCGCUGGUUCCAGCGGGCUCGACGCUUCUUCUUGGCCGUUUUUGGCUUUUCGCAGCCCUCGGAUUAUGUGCAUCGUUGCCCCAGUCACCUCGCCAGCCUUGACAUUGGCUACCUGCUCAUAGAGACAAUUACUUCUGGCGAGAUGCUCUCGUCGUCCUGGGACGAGAAGCAUCACGACGAGAAGCUCCAGCACAAUUUGCAGCGCGACGUUGCCAGGGUAAUGCUCUCUCUUGCUAAAAUCCCGCUUCCUCGCAUCGGAUCGUUUAGAAUAGACGACAACGGAUAUGUGAGCCUCGUCAACCGCCCCCUCAGCCUUCACUUCGCUAUGCAGGAAAACGAAGGCGUCUCCGUGGAUCUGCCUAGAGACAAGACAUUUUCCACCGUUGACGGCUUUGUUCUGCAUCGUAUCGCAGCUCACGAAAAUCGGCUGCUCUACCAACCAAACGGCAUCAGCAGUUACUCCGAUGCCUGCUAUCAAAUGACUAGUCUCGCUGGUGCAAAAUCUAUUUUCCCACAGUUAUUUCGACGAGAUCUUCAGGAUGGGCCUUUUGCAUUUGCCUUGACUGAUAUGCAUCGGAGUAAUAUUCUUGUUGACGAAGAAUGGAAUAUUACGAGAAUCAUUGACCUCGAAUUCGCUGCGUCGUUACCGCUCGAAUUUUUGCAGACACCAUACUGGCUUACAGGAAAACUCGUUGAUGAGGUUGAACCAACCGAGUUUACUCCCAUACACAACAAGUUCAUCGAGCACUUGAGACGGGAAGAGGCGAAGCUUCCGGGAUACGGAAAGGAGACCGAGCCGCUUUCCUCGGUCAUCGACAAGGCAUGGUCCAACGGGACAUUCUGGGCGCCAGCAGCGUUGGAUGAUUCAAUCGUCUUUACAAGCACAUUCUAUAAGCGACUAUUGCCGGAUUACUUUGGCUUGACCGAGGAGGAAAUAAACAACGCCGGCUACGCGUUCUUUGCCAGUUUAUGGCGCCCCAACAUUCAUGACAUCAUAGAGAGGAAAAUGCAAGACAGAGAGAUGUAUUUUGAGAAACUGAGGGCAGUAUUUGCCGACUAA